GAGUAUUCGUUUCUUGAAGCGUCCAUUGUGCGCGGUCACAAGUCAUAUGACAGCACUGAGCAUUUCCUCUACACUUGUGCGAACGCCACAACACUGGUCGUUUUCUGUCAAUAUCAAUAUGCUGGCACUCAUAAACCGGCUUUUGGACUGGUUUAAGUCACUCUUUUGGAAAGAGGAGAUGGAGUUGACUCUGGUUGGACUUCAACACUCGGGGAAAACCACAUUUGUUAACGUUAUAGCUUCUGGGCAUUUUAGUGAAGACAUGAUCCCUUCAGUUGGAUUCAACAUGAGGAAGAUCACAAAAGGCAACGUUAACAUCAAGAUCUGGGAUAUAGGAGGGCAGCCGAGGUUCAGGAGCAUGUGGGAACGUUACUGUCGGGGAGUUAACGCAAUUGUAUACAUGGUGGAUGCAGCUGACCGUGAGAAGGUGGAGGCUUCCAGGAAUGAGCUGCACAAUUUGUUAGACAAGCCUCAGUUACAAGGAAUUCCUAUUUUGGUUCUUGGCAACAAAAGAGAUAUCCCCAGUGCGCUAGACGAGAAGCAGCUCAUUGAAAACAUGAACUUGGCAGCCAUUCAAGACAGAGAGAUUUGCUGCUACUCCAUUUCCUGCAAAGAGAGAGACAACAUAGAUAUCACACUGCAGUGGCUCAUCCAACAAUCAAAAUCUGGGAGAAGCUGAAAGUACAGGAACUCUGUCCUCCCAGCUCCAUCUUCCAUGUUACCCUCAUGCCACACCCUGUUCGCUCUCUGUUCACACAUGUACAGUGUUCCCUCCAACUCUGAUGCUGCACUGUGCCCCCUGCCCGUUCCUCCCUGUUGUUCUAAUUCUAUCCAAUGAUUCUCCCCCACAAACCCCCAUACCUCUGCACUACUAAAAGAUGGUAGCCCCUGGUCAAUGCCAAAUACCACAUCCCAUGAGUCACAGAAUGGGCAUUACACCUCUGCCAUGAGGUGCUACUUCAGUCUCUUGAACGGAGAGAGGUUUAGUCUGUCAGCCUUUUUCAUUCUAUGGGCUGAACGACAGGCGUUUCCCACACCUGUAAGUCCAACUGUUUAUAACACUAGUGUAGCGAUCCUACACCCUCAGGAUGGGUUGUUUAGCCACUGACUGGGGCCUCAUCAUUAUACAUGUUCUCCAGACAGUCCUGUGUGAAGCAAUAGGGAAAAUAACAGACAUACCCUACAUGAGCAAAAGUAUGUGGACACCUGCUUGUCGAACAUUCAUUCCAAAAUCAUGGGUAUUAAUAUGGAGUUGGUCCCUCCUAGGCCUGGCUCACAGUCGGCUGUCCUAUUCAUCAAAAAAAUGUGUUUGAUGGGGUUGAGGUCAGGGCUCUGUGCAAGCCAGUCAAGUUCUUCCACGCCGAACUCGACAAACCAUUUCUGUAUGGACCUCACUUUGUGCACGGGGGCAUUGUCAUGCUAAAACAGGGAAGGGCAUUCCCAAAACUGUUGCAACAAAGUUGGAAGCACAGAAUUAUCUAGAAUGUCAUUGUAUGUUGUAGCGUUAAGAUUUCCCUUCACUGGAACUAAGGGGCCUAGCUUGAACCAUGAAAACCAACACCAGACCAUUAGUCCUUCUCCACCAAACUUUACAGUUGGCAUUAUGCAUUCGGGCAGGUAGCGCUUUACUAGCAUCCGGCAAACCCAGAUUUGUCCGUUGGACUGCCAGAUGAUGAAGCGUGAUUCAUCACUCCAGAGAAGGCGUUUCCACUGCUUCAUUGUCCAAUAGCGGCGAGCUUUACACCACUCCAGCUGACGCUUAACAUUGUGCAUGGUGAUCUUAGGCUUGUGUGCAGCUGCUCGACCGUGGGAAACCCAUUUCAUGAAGCUCCUGACGAACAGUUAUU